GAAAAGUUAAUAAAGCUUUCCCUUCCUGGUGAGCAAAAUUGGCAGUCCAGUGAAAUCUGUACUACUACAGAGAUGGCGAAUCAACUUUACGGCUAUAACCCUAGCAGCACCAACACCGGAAUAGCAGCUAGAACAGCAACGAGAUCCAUGGACAACUAUCAUUUCUCUACUACUGAUAAUAAUAAGACGACAUUACAAUACGGUUCUUCCAAUUAUUACGGUUCUACCGGCUAUGCCUUCUGCUCAUCCCCAACUGUGCUUUAUAAUCAAAGUGAUAGUAGUUAUACGCCUACUCCUGUGAGUAGGAUUCCAGGUCAAUCCUUGUAUGGACCGCCUGGUGUUGAUGUUGCAAUUGCUGCUCAACCGGAACCACCUGCUGCUGAUAACUCUUAUUUUUCUACCUUGAAGCGCUCCUCUACUGAUGCAUUGUAUCAUCAGACACUUUUGGGUGCACGUAAUACAAUCGGGCAAGCUGAAGCUUGGUUUUCAACCAAUCCUUUAGCCAAGCGACCUAGAUUCGAGAGUGCAAGCAAUUUGCCUAUAUAUCCCCAGAGGCCUGGAGAGAAGGACUGUGCCCAUUAUAUGCAAACAAGAACCUGUAAAUUUGGAGAAAGCUGCAAGUUUGACCAUCCUAUUUGGGUUCCAGAGGGUGGAAUCCCAGAUUGGAAAGAGGUUCCAGUUACAACUGAAUCUCCUCCUGAAAGACCUGGAGAGCCUGAUUGUCCAUAUUUUAUGAAGACUCAAAAAUGCAAGUUCGGUAAUAGGUGCAAAUUUAACCACCCCAAGGAUAACACAGCUCAAUUGUCUCAAGGUGCUACACAGAAUUCUGAUGUUUCUGACUUACCUGAGAGACCUUCUGAACCAUCAUGCACGUUUUACAUGAAGACGGGAACAUGUAAAUUUGGUGCUACCUGCAAGUUUCACCAUCCUAGAGAUAUACAAGUGCCAUCUCCCAAGCAAGAAAAUGGCUCUGCGGGGAAGCCUGGAUCAGCUAUUAAUGAGAUGGCUCAGGAUGUGAAUCUAGUCAAGCCGCUUUCUGUUCCAGCUUUAUUGCACAACUCCAAAGGCCUUCCAGUUAGACCGGGUGAAGUUGAUUGUCCUUUCUACCUAAAAACUGGCAGCUGCAAGUAUGGAGGCACUUGCCGUUACAACCAUCCUGAAAGAAAUGCAGCUGCUAUUGGUCCUGCCCUUGUAGCCUCUCCUGCAACACACUGGAAUAUUGGAAUGGUUAAUCCAGCUGCCUCUCUCUUGCAAAGUUUAGAUCCAAGACUGACUCAGACAAUGCUCGGGUUGCUUCCACCUGUCUAUCCACAACGACCUGGUGAAAUUGAAUGCGAUCACUAGUGAGGAAAUAUCCGCUGUGUAAUAUUCCAGCGAAGUUCUGGUAGAAAAAUCACCACCGCCCAUAAUUUUUCGGGUGGCUGCUCGCUUCACAAUCUCUAUCCGGUAGUGAUGUGCAGAAUCCGACACCAUCACAACGUAGAUCAGUUUCAGGCGAGAAAAUCCCAGUCAGCUGCUCGGGCAGACUAUCACCCAUGCGCCCCCACGCACCAUCAGUUCCGGUGACUCGUCUGUCCCACGCGCCGGCGCGUGAGACCACUUCCAGCAUUUUUUUCCAGGUUUUUUCUCUUCUUGGAGUCGCCUAUAUAUUCUUCUUCUACCCUACUGUUUUCAAAAUUUUCUGAUCACCAGAACCCUAAUCCGGCGCCUCCAGCAUUGUUUUCCAGCGAAACAGUAUUUUCUUUUCCAGAUUUCUCCACUGUUUUCAGCAAGUCUUCUCAUAACAGUAUUCUUUUUUGGGUUGUUCACUGAGCUUUUGCUUCCUGGUCAACAUCUCAGUCAGGUUUGUAAAAUUUUGGCUAGAAGUCUUUUCAGUGCAACAAAAUGUCGAUUGCUUCUGAUAUUUUUGACUCCAAAAAUACGGGAAUUGGAAGUUGAAGCCCUAGAUUACUUCAGAAUUGUUAAUGGGGAGUUCAAACUAUUUAGCUUGGGCUUCCUCUGUUGAAUUGUGGUGCAAGGGUCAAGGUGUUCAAGAUCACUUAAUGCUAAAAGCUAGCGAGGUAGAUGAAAAGGCAAAGGCUAGUGAGGUAGAUGAAAAGGCCAAAGCACAGUCGGAGAAGGUUGAUGCUCAAUUAUGUAGUCUCCUGUGGAGAUCUAUUGAUUCCAAGUCAAUGCCCUUGUUUCACCCAUUCCAGACAUGUUAUUCAGUUUGGGAAAAGGCUCGCGCUUUAUACACUAAUGACAUCUCACCUUUAUGAUGUGAUAUCUCAGAUGACUUAACUUAAAGAAACAGGAAUCAGAUAUAUCUACUUACUUGGGACAAGUACAUGUAGUCAUAGAGGAAUUUGAGAAGUCGAUGCUAGUCACUGCAAACGAUGAAAAACAACAGGAGCAAAGACAAACGUUGUUUCAAGUUCUUACACUUGCUGGACUUCUUACUGACCUUGAUUCGGUGCGUGCUAAGAUUUUGACUAGUCUUACGGUUCUUAUAAUUGAUGAACUAUUGCUUACUUUGCCUUGCCGCGCCUCUGAAUCACACAGUGGUCUCAUUACCAACCGUUGACUACUCUGUUCGCAUCUCAAACCAUAGAAAAUCGAACAUCUCAGUUCACGGAGAAUUGACAAAGAGGUCGUUUUGGAAGAUCUCGACCUAAGUGUAGUUAUUGUCAUAGGCUUGGACACAUUCUCGACGUAUAGUAUUCUCUGCAUCGUCGACCACGCAAGAAUGCUCAUGUUGCUCUAACACUGCAUGUAAUUAGGGGUUUUCUAUAGCUGAAGGGGAAUAGAAUGAAUAUACUGAGUUCCUUCAGUAUUGAGCAAGUAAGCAUAAUCCACAAAUAGCCUCGGGUUCUCAGUCUAAUACUUCUGUUGCUGGUAAUUCUUUUGCUUGUGUUUCACAGUCUAGUACCCUUGGACCGUGGGUCAUGGACUCGAGCUCUGACUAUAAAUUCUGGUAACAAAUCACUUUUGUCAAAUAUUAUUUAUUCACUCUUUCUUCUGUUUAGCCAAUGGGAUCCAAACAAAACCAAAAGGAGUUGGACAAGCUAAUCCCCUAUCCUCCGUCAUUCUAAACUCUGUUCUUUAUGUCCCUUGUUGUCCUUUUAAUCUUGAAUCUAUCAGUCGUUUGACGUGUGCCCUAAAUUGUGCUAUAAUAUUUCUUGAUGAUUCUUUUGUUAUGCAAGACCACAGUACCGAACAAAUGAUUGGCGCAGAGCAAGAAUUACAAGGCCUCUUCUAUCUUACCUCUUCUAAUUCCGCAAUAACAUUCCCUGUUAUAGAUCCUCCGAACCUAAUUCAUAGAUGUUUGGGACAUUUAAGUUUAUUCAGGCUACAGAAGAUGGUGCCUAUUUUGUCUAGUCUAUCCACAUUAGAUUGUGAGUCGUGUCAACUUGGAAAACACAUCCGUCCUACCUUUUCAAGUAGUGCUGAGAGCCCUGCAGAGUCUGUUUUUUCAUCAAUUCAUUUUGAUAAUUCAUUUUGAUAUUUGGGGUCCUAGUAGAGUCGGUUCAACCUUAGAAUUUCGUUUUUUUUUUUGUUAAUUUCAUUGAUGAGUAUUCAAGAUGUAUUUGGAUUUUAUUAAUGAAAGAUCGUUAUGAGUUAUCUUCUAUAUUCAAGAGUUCUUGUGUUGAAAUACAAAAUCAAUUUGGUGAUUCUGUUUGUACUUUUCAUUGUGAUAAUGCCUUAGAAUACUUAUCCUCCCAGUUACCGUAAUUUAUGACUCAAGAAGGAAUUAUUCAUCAGACAUUUUGUCCUUACACCCCUCAGCAGAACGGGUAGCAGAAAGGAAGAAUAGGCAUCUCAUUGAGACUGCUCACACUCUUAUCAUUAAAUCUCAUGUUCUGCUGCAUUUUUGGGGCGAUGCAGUCCUCAUGUCUUGUUAUUUAAUUAAUCGAAUGCCCUCAUCUUCCAUCUCAGAUUCCUUGUUCCGUAUUGUCUCCUCAGCCAUCUCUAUAUUCUCUUGCCCUUAUGUCUUUGGGAGAUUAUGUUUUUGUUCAUAACUUAGCACUGGAAAGAUAAAUUAGCCGCCCGUGCUCGCAAAUAUGUCUUUCUUGGUUAUUCUCGGGUUGAAAAAGGGUAUAGUUGCUACUCACCUGAUCUUCAUUGGUAUCUAAUGUCAGCCGAUAUCACAUUUUUUGAGUCUUGACCUUUACAUCUUCUGGUAUCUCUGAGGUCUUACCUAUACCGACUUUUGAGGAAUCUAUGGUUACUUCUACAUCUUUGGCCAUAGUGCUCUGCCGCUCCUGACUUAUCAUCAUUGUUCGCAUCUAGCAUAAGGUCUAGCUGAUUCAUGUCAUGCAUCGGGCCCUGCACCUACUGCGGACUUGUCUCUUCCUAGUCAAUAUAUUGCACUUUGAAAAUGUGUACGAUUCACUUGUAAUGCUAACCCCCAUUAUACUUUUUUUUAAGUUAUCACUGCCUAUCAUCACCUAUUAUGCCUUUGUAUCAUCUU